AAUAUAUAACAAUCAACAAUGAAGCUAAAGGUUCUUCAUCGCAAUGCGCGGGAUUACAUAUCGCAAGGGCCACAUGAUCGGCCUAAACCGAUGCGAAACCUAGACCCUAAUCUACAUCCUCUUGCCAGGCAAAAGGAGUUUGUACGAGCAGUAGUGGCGGCAAAGCUAAAGAAAAUGCACGCUAAACCCUUUGUGGCGGCACUGGAAGGUCAUACUGACUCAGUGGAUUCUAUGUCAAUGAGCAGAAGCAAUAUUUCCGAUUUGUUCACUGGAAGCUGUAAUGGAGAAAUCAUGUUCUGGAAUUUACUCACCAAACGUAAAGGGAUACUUAUCGGAGUACAUGAAGGUUUUGUCAAAGGAUUGUGUACAAACGGUGAUGGGACGCUAUUAUAUUCAUGUGGACAUGAUAAAUACCUCAAGUGUUGGAAAGUAAUUAAAAACGAUGCAAUAGAUGAAAUUGAAGAGGAUGAAGAAGCCACUGGGCAUUCCACAGUAAAUGAAAUCGAGUCGAACACACCAUUUGGUUCAGCUCCACCGGAACCACUAGAAUCCUGUCUCUCGAAAUCAGCACUCAAUGCUAUAGAUCAUCAUUGGAAUGAUAACAUAUUGGCUACUGCUGGAGAUUGCCUGGAAGUAUGGGACAGUAGAAGAAGUGUACCUAUCAUGAAAUUCGACUGGGACUCGGAAGCGUUGUAUUGCGUUAGAUUUAAUCCAUCAGAUGUCAAUUUUAUCGCUGCCUCAGCAGCAGAUAACUCAGUUGGAUUAUACGAUAUACGUGCUAAUUCACCAUUGAGAAAAGUAGUUCUGCAACAAAGGACAAAUGCUAUUGCAUGGAAUCCACAAAACCCAUUGCACUUCACCGCCGCAAACGAGGACUCAAAUCUUUACACCUUCGAUAUGCGCAACCUAGAACGAGCACUCAUGGUACAUAAGGGUUUCACAAAUGCAGUAACUGAUGUGGACUAUAAUCCAGCAGGAAUUGAAUUUGUAGCAGCAUCAUUUGAUAAAGGCGUUAGGUUAUUCUCCCUGGGUGGGAAAAGCAGAGAUGCAUACUUCAAUAGAAGAAUGCAAAAUGUACUAUGCUGCAGAUACUCAUUAGAUGGCAAAUUCGUGUGUACAGGAAGCUCAGAUAUGUCAGUACGUAUAUGGAAGGCCGAUGCAUCGCAAAAACUGGGUACCAUCACACACCGCGAAGAAGCGGCACUCAACUACAGAAACGCAUUGCAGGAAAAGUACAAACACGUCCCAGAAAUAAGACGUAUAUUGAAACCAAGAACGUUACCAGCCAUCGUGGCAAAACAAACAAAGAUACGACAAGUCAAAGAGGCAGCAAAACGAAGAAAGGAAAUCAACAAAGCAUUGCAUUCAAAAGACCCAAAGCUGGAACAAGAAAAAAGAAAGGCAAUUGUCAAAGAAGUGGAAUGAUCAAAU